GAAGUAGAAUGCAUUUAUCAAAAACUAUAAAUAAGCUAACGCCUUGGAAGUCACAAUAAGUACUUGAAAAGAUGCAGAAAGUGUUAUUUGUUGUGAUAACAACCCUUGCAGUUUGCUUCUGUUGGGAAGUAGAAAGUGAAAAGACAACUCGUCCUCCGAUAAUAUGCCUUAUAGCUUGUCCAGAAAAGUGUCUACCCAUAACUUGUCCUGAAGGAACCAAACUCGGAUACUAUUCUGCCAUUUGCCAAUGUUGUCCGACUUGUGUAAUUCCUGAAGGAGGAGAUUGUCCUUGGAUGGGCGAAGAACCAGAUUCUGGAAAUGUUGAAUGUGAAGUUUACACAGAAUGUUGCGAGGGAGUUUGCUCUAGGGGGGAUUGUGUGACUGAGUCUACUUCAGAGUCUACUGAGGCUACUGAGUCUUCAACCACAGUUACAAACUUCAAAUUCACAUGGUAUUUGCAUAAACUUGACAUGAGGCUGAUUCAAAUUUAAAAAAAAUCUCAAAUGUAUAUAAACUUUACGCAAAUGUUACAGAUGUGUUCAAUGUGUUAGACUGAAAUUUUUCCUGUGGAUAGAGAAAGUAAAAAGUUAAGAUUAUGUGAAGCAAAUAACAAAAUUUCACCAAAACAAGUCUUUAUUCAAGAAUCAACAAACCCCAAAUAACAACCUCAACCGUUUUUAAGCUAGAUACAUUAUUCUGCAUCUGUCGUUGUAGAUGAUUCGGUCGUAGUGUCAGUUUCGCACUCUUCCCUCGAGCAAACGUCAUUACAACAAUUUGUAUCAACUUCGCAUUCAACUUCUCCUGAGUCUGGCUC